AUGUUCGAUUAUAUACGAAAAAUCGUAUCUCAUAUAAGAAUACACAAACAAUCAAAAUUACCACGUAAACUUCAAUCUUACUCUGAUACUAGAUUUAACGGUGCUUUUCGUACAAUGAAUGUGUUUUUAACAGUUUUUGAUGAUUUAGCUGGUAUUUUAGAUAGAACGUUUCUGGACGAUUAUACGCUAAUAGAUAAAGAUUUACUUGAAUAUAUUUGUUCAUUUUUAGCUCCAUUUGAAGAAGUAAUUGAAGGACUUAGUUGUGAUAAAAAACCAACAAUUUAUAAGGUGUUGCCAUUAAGGCAGUAUUUUAUAAAUCAAUGUACUCGUUGUCAAGAUGUUUGGGUGCUCCAAGAUAUACAUUACAUUACCACCCUAUUGCAUCUGUCUUUUAAAAAUUUUGAUGUUAAUCCUAAUCUUCAAGAUAAAGCUAUUAAUUUAGUGAAAAAUGAAAUUAUUAAACGACAACCAUCAACACCAACGACCUGUUGUACAACGACUACAACAACAGUUACUACAGUUGAACUUGACACUCAGUCAGCAUCAUCAACAAGUGUUUUAUCAAAAUGUUUCAACUUGCUAAAGAAUGAUUUAAAACUAUCAUUAAAUCCAUAUCAAGAAUUAGAUGAAUACAUGAAUUUGAACGUUCAAAUAAAUGAAGCUGAUGAUAUUUUGUUGUUCUGGUUAACACAGAAAUCAAAAUUUCCAACAUUAUUUUCGCUUGUACAAGAUUAUUAUGCAGCACCAGCAUCAAACACAACGAUUGAAAGACUUUUUUCGUCAUCAAAAUACACGGUUUCAGAUAAACGUACCAGUCUUGGUGCAGAAAAAAUAAACAAAUUAUUAUUUUUGAAAAAAAAUCUAAUGUUAUUAAAAGCAUUUGAUAAAAAAAGUGUUAUUGAAGCUACUGCAACUGAUACGAAAAGAAAAAUAACUGAUCCUGAUAAAAAAUCUACUGAUAUGUCAUUACAAAAUCAAAAACAAUUUAGAACUUCAACAACAGCAAAGAAAUUGAAAAAAGAUGAAGAAGAUGAUAUAGUUAUUUGGGAUGACGAUGUGCAAGAUAAAGAAAACGACUAA